AUGAAUCGAGGGAAAAUCACAUUUGGUAAAAUUAAUCUCAAAUCUUCCGCCCCAUCCACUAGCUCUACAGAGAGUGCGGAAAAUCCUUCAGCAUCGUCUGAUGGAACCGUGUCCGGAUUUGGAUCGUUUGGACGAAAGGAAAAUGCCAAAGAUGAUCCAGUCGAGCGUAUAUCUGAAGAGUUAGACAACAGCAAACUACAAGAAGUGAUGGGUAUAUCCGGCUUUGGUCGAAAACAAGCCAAGCAGUUCGAUAUUAACGAAAUGAUACAAAAAGCAAAACAAAACGCACCGAAGGCGGUGGUGGAUCAGAAGACUAUCAUUGAAACGGAUGGAGAUAACAAAAACAAAGAUCAAGACGACGACGAAGAUGAUGACGAAGAGGAUGAAGAAGUGAUUGGUCCAGUACCGACUGGAGGUGUGAACGAAGCUCGACGCAAGAAAGUGGAUAAAGGGGAAGAAUCGGACGGUGAUGAUGACGAGGAUGAGCAGGAUGACGAUGAGUUCGAUGAAGAUGCACCCAUCAAUAAGUUACCUCACUCGCACGAGGUAGAGAUGCGGCACGGAAGCAAAGCGGUGAUUGCACUUGCCAGUGACCCAUCCGGUGUUCGACUCGCUUCCGGUUCGAUGGACUACAAUCUCAACUUUUGGGACUUUUCCGGCAUGGACAAGUCGAUGAAAAGUUUCCGUUCGAUGCAACCGUGUGAAAAUCAUCCCAUCCGCAAUCUGUACUACUCCUUUUCGGGCGAUAUGAUGCUGGUCGUGUCGGGAAGUUCCCAGGCGAAGGUGCUCGAUCGCGAUGGGUUCGAGAAGAUGGAGUGCGUAAAGGGAGAUCAAUACAUUGCGGACAUGUCUAAAACGAAGGGUCACAUUGCGGGUCUGACCAGUGGAUGCUGGAGCCCGGUUCGUCGUGAAGAGUUCCUUACGAGCGGCAUGGACUCAACGCUCCGAACCUGGGUGUUUGCGAAGACGAAGGAGCAGCGUGCCGUCAUAAAAACACGUGCACAGGGCGGGCUGAAAACGAUUCCAACGAGCUGUGCUUACAAUCGCGAUGGCACACUAAUUGCGGCCGGAUGCAGUGAUGGGUCGCUGCAAACCUGGGACACGCGUAAAAUGUUCGUCCACACGACACACUGCAUACGGGAUGCACAUACAAAGGGUGCCGAUAUCUCGUCGGUGUUAUUUUCAUACUCCGGCUUUCAGUUGGCUUCUCGUUCGAUGGAUGAAACGCUCAAGUUGUGGGACAUGCGAGCCUUUAAGAAACCGCUACACGUGUUCGGCGGAUUGUUCAGCCGGUACGAUACGACCGAUUGUUGCUUCAGUCCGGACGAUACAAUGGUUUUGACCGGUGAAUCCCUUCCGAAAGGUGCCAAACAGGCCAACCUUUUCGUGUACGAUACGAAAACGUUCGAAACGGUUGCGAAACUGCCGAUCACUGAUUCCCACGUCAUUCGCACAUUGUGGCACCCGAAGUUGAACCAAAUAUUCGUCGGAUGCGGUAAUGGUAUCAUACGCGGGCUGUACGACGAGAAGCGAAGUAUGCGCGGUGCCAAGCUGUGUGUCGUAAGGACACAUCGGAAGAAGAAAGACUCGGAAAUUGUCGGCACCACGCAGAUUAUCACACCGCACGCUUUGCCAAUGUUCCGGCAGGAAAAGACCCGCUCGGUGCGCAAGAAGCUGGAGAAGGAUCGUAUGGAUCCGGUAAAAUCUAAACGACCCGAUCUGCCGAUUACCAGUGGCCAGGGAGGACGUGUCGCAAGCUCCGGUGGAACGCUUUCGUCAUACGUCAUUCGAAAUUUGGGUUUGAGCAAGCGCGUGGAGGAUGAUCAGGAUCCGCGCGAGGCCAUCCUGAAGUACGCUAAGGAGGCGGCAGAAAACCCGUACUGGAUUGCGCCCGCAUACGCCAAAACGCAACCCAAACCUAUUUUCAACAGCGAGGAUGAACCAGAAGCAAAGAAGACAAAAACGGAGCAGUAA